AUGACCUCCAGCAACUCCCCGGAGGCUGUGGCCGAUCCGGCCAGCUCCUCCGCCGCGGCCCCUUAUGGCACGCGAUCGAGAGGCCGCAACGCCCCUCGGCCCAACUAUGCUGAGGACCGUGACAUUGACAUGGAGAUUGAGACUCCCGCCAAAGCUGCCAAACGCACCAGCGGCAUGGGUCUGAACCAUGUUAACGGUUCCAAAUCCGAAGACAGCGAGAAAUCCUCGCCCACCCUGUCGCGCAAAAGCCUGACCAACGGCGCCGCGGCUAAUGCAUCACCUAAAGAGUCGAUUCCGGGAACCUCGUCAUUCUCGGCGCGGCCUGAUGAGAACGGCUCAGGUUCAUUAAAGAAACGCAAACACCCCGGUGGCCCGAACGGCUCCGGAUAUCCUACCAAGAAAAUCUUUACCGGCACGCCAGGAGAUUCCGAAGAUGGUUAUUUUACCAACAUGGUCAGCUUUGAGGCCUCCCAGCCUUUCCUCCAGGAUGGCCAAUUAGUUGCAGAUGAUGGCACCACGUUUGCCGUAAAUGGUGUCAUCGAAGCUUUACGGGUUAAUUGGUACUACCGUCCCAGAGACAUUCAGCGCCACAGUCCCGACUCCCGAUUUCUAUACGCCUCGAUGCAUUCGGAUACUUGCCCACUAUCUUCACUUCGUGGGAAAUGUCAAAUCCGCCACGUUACGGAAAUCGAAGACAUGAACACAUACAAGAAAACUCGUGACUCUUUUUGGUACGACAAGAUGUUCGACCGGUAUAUUCAUCGCCUGUACGAUGUUAUCCCGACAAAAGAUGUCAUCAACGUCCCCACCAAUGUCAAAAAGGUUCUCGAUGACCGCUGGAAGUUUAUUCUAGUCGAGGUGGGCAAAGGAAAAGAGUUGACCGGCGCUGUAAAGACUUGCAAGCGUUGCCGAUUGUUCGCUGCAAAUUCCGAGUCGGUAGAUUGCGCGGUCUGCCAUUCGACUUACCACAUGCACUGUGUUCGACCUGCCUUGACCAAAAAGCCCGCUCGGGGAUUUGCCUGGGCGUGCGCAGCCUGCAGCCGAGCCCAAGAGCGGAAACUGGAGGCGCGGAAUACCCCCAUGAUUGGUGAAAAUCGAGACGGCGAAGACGAAAUCAUGGAAGACGAGGAAGACGAGAACCACGCCAACGGUGUCGCCAAUGAAACCUCUGCCAGUACACCUGCAGCCACUGAAGAAUUUAUGCCCAAGCCAGCAACAGCGGAGCAAACAGCACAAGCUAAGAUGUGGCCGUACCGCUACUUGGGUAUUCAUUGCCGUGUGGAAGAUGCGCUCGAUUACGAUGAUCGAAUUUAUCCUCGCGCCAGUUCCCGCCUUGGUCCGCGACACCAAGCAAACGUUAGCCCCUGGCCUGGACGCCCCGUAGAAUAUGUGAAGCUUCCUGAACUGAAAAAGAAGAUGCAGCGGGUAGCGGGCGGCCGAAGUGUGAUGAAAUAUACGAAGGAGUCCCAAGCCGCGAUCGACGCCUCAAAACAGGAACGCGCCACGAGACCGAAAUGGGUGCAGGACGAACCGCCAGGUUACAUAGAGCGCGGACUGGACGAGCCUGUGCUCAUCAAUGGCAAGCAGGCUCAUACCUCAGAACUGCUGUUCAAGAUGCCCACACCUGAACAGAUUCCUUGCCCAGGCGAGGAUGAUGCCACGGGCGGGCAUCCGAGCGGCGCGGACCCGGAGGCCUUUAUUGACGAAUACAUGCGCCAAGCGAAGGAAUUGGCUCCUCAUGUCGGCGUCGAGAAGUACUCCACCAACUUCCUCGAUAAGGCUCUAGAGCUGCUCUACUCUGAGAGCUUUGAUGUUCAAGCCGCCCUCGCCAAGCUCAAGAAGGUCAACAAAUAUAAGGAUCUCAAGGAGCCCAACCUUCGCCCUGAAGAAGUGAAGCUUUUCGAGCAAGCCGUUUCAAAGUACGGAUCUGAAUGGCGCAACAUUACAAAACAUGUCAAGACUGUGCCUCACUAUCAGAUCGUUCGAUUUUACUACAUGUGGAAAAAGACCCCCAGAGGGCGACAAGUCUGGGGCGCAUAUGCAGGCCGACGUGGUAAGAAGGAGAGCCGGCGGCAGAGUAUCGCGAACGCGAAACUGCUCGAUGAUGUCGCCGACGAUUACGACGAUUCUGCCUUUGAUAACGACAAGGCGGCGGCCCAAAAGCGAGGUUUCCAAUGCAAGUUCUGUUCAACCCGUUCCUCCCGACAGUGGCGACGUGCGCCUGGGGUUGCUGCCGGCUUCGCAGUUCCCUCUGAUCCUUCCGCUAAGAAGGACAAGGGCCCCAUGCUAAUGGUCGCUCUCUGUUUGCGGUGUGCACUCCUCUGGCGCAAGUACAGCAUCCAGUAUGAGGACGUGGAUGAUGGUCACAAAUCGUGGAGACGACGUAUCGACGAAGAGCUGCUCGCUCAGCUGAUCCUAGCCACCGAGACACCAUUCACUAUCAACAGCACCACAGCAGCAACUGCAGCUUCGAUGGGCAUUUCCGUCGACAGCAACCCGCAACUUCAGCAUGAGAGCAAACUUGACCCGACAAAGAAGAAGAUUCGCACCGAUGCUCCCAGCACGAGUACUGCGACGUCGACAGCGCCAUCGUCCGUCGAACCCAUGCCGAAGAAGAAGACCGCGGCCGACAAGCCCGUUGAUACAGCACCAAUCGUUCCCGAUCCACCAAAGGCGAAGAUCUUACCCUGCGCCGUUUGCAAUAAGGUGGAACCUGUCGCCGAUGAGCAUCUUUCAUGCCGGGAUUGCCGCUUGACUAUCCACCGCAAUUGCUACGGAGUACGGGGAAAUCGAGCCGGCAAAAAAUGGCUAUGUGAUAUGUGUUUGAAUGACCGGAGCCCGUCCAUUUCCACGACUUAUGAAUGCGUGCUUUGUCCUGUGACUUGGACCGAGCAUGACUUGAUGGAGACAACUAAGAACAACAGCAAGAAGAAGUCGGAUAGGGAUAAGGAGAAGGAGCGCAUGGAGAAAGAUAUGCUUACGGAGGCAACCAAGCUCUACCGCAGCCGGCAGGAAACCGCUGGCAAACCCGUAGGCCCCCGAGAGCCCCUGAAGCGCACAGCUGGAAACAACUGGUCUCACGUCUUGUGCUCUUUGUGGACCCCCGAGAUCAAGUUUGGGGAGGCGGCCGAGUUGGAGCCUGCAGAAGGGUUUGGAUCUAUUCCGAAGGACCGAUGGCGCGAGACUUGCAAGAUUUGCAAGUCAUCCCGGGGGGGCCUUACCAUUUCGGCCUCGAGCUUGUACCAGUCAAGGGCUCUCGCAAAGACAGUCCGCCCACUGUGCGCCUCGGCUCUGACCAAGGUGCAGCGACGCCGGUGGUCUUCUGUCCCAACCACACCGUGCCCCCCCAACAUCCAUGAGAUCGGCGAGCUUACGAAUGAAGAUGGGUUGAAUGCCCUUCAACUAUUCGCCCAGACCUACAAACAGGCUGAUAAAACGCUCACUGGGACUUCCCGAAAGGCUGCAUACAUGCAGCAGUCGGUCGCCCCUCCACAGCAGCAUGCCAUCACAGCUGCGAACCGGCGGGCUUCAACAAGCAAUGGCUUGCUUACUAGUAAAGAGAUCAAGCAACAACAGACCCCCGUCGAUGAUGCCGAUGAGAUGGAUAUCGACACUGAGGAUCCCCCGGCCCCAAAGCCCAUGCCAUCUGGCCCUACAUCAAGCCGAAAGUGUGUUCGAUGUGCAACGGACAUUAGCCCGCGAUGGUGGCCAAGUACACGACGAGCCGACCCCCGGGGCCCAUUGGUGAAUGGCGUGGCUUACCCCGGCAGCCAUCCUUAUGCACAGCCUCCUCUGGCGCAGAACACACUCCACCACGCCAAUGGAGAUGUCGGCGAGCAGGUGUACGAAUGCCACAAGUGCCACCUGAAAUACCCUCCGCCUCCUGAGCCUGCCCCCGAGCCUCGAACAACUGUUUUCCCCGCUCCAGCAACGGCGGCAAUUCCAGCCCCGGCUCAACGCCCGGUGCUUCCAACACCUAGAAUGGGAAGCCAUUCUUUUGUGACUCCCGGGCCCCCGCCUCCACCUCAAGCCCCUGGGGUUCUUGGCCGGCCCAUGGCCCCUGCUCAUUCGCACACUGCGCCUCCAGGAUACCCGGGCUUUGAGCAGCGAAUCCCGUCAGCUGAAUCAAGCCUGCGCAAUGGGAUGUCCCCCCCCUGCCUAUCCGAGUGUCGGCCCUCCACCUGCUCCUCAUAUGGGAAACUACCCUCCCAGUCACCCUGGCCCACCUCCACCACACUACGGCCCACCCCCAGCGCCACCACCAUCGCAGCCCCGCCGCCUCGGCCUGCAUAUGUCGCCUCAGCAUCCCCACCGAUCGUCCAAGCCACGGUGAAUCGGUCUCCUCAGGCGUCGUUGAGCGCGCUGAACGGGGGUCCGCCGUCCCGGAUGUACGCGGUUGAAAGUAAUCGUAUGGGUGCACCUUCUCAUUCGCCGCCGGUCGCCCAGACACGAAUUGACCCGCGCGCUUCGACGCCCACCCACCGACCGGACGAGACUCCACCAUCUCAUUUGGGAGGACCUCCCAGCGCUGGUCGGCAUCCAGGCAUGAAUGGCGCCAGUGCGAGCUCAGGAGCAAGCGCCAGCCCUUCCUGA